AUGACACAAGUGGGAAAUAUUGUGGCCGCUGCACGCAGUGGAAAUGAAGCAGAAAUCAACCGAUUUCUCGACCAAGGAACAGAUGUCGAUAGCAAACAUGGCGGAAGGACAGCUCUAUACGCAGCUGCGAAGGAAAAUAAAGUCGACGCGGUAAGACUGCUGUUGCAACGCGGUGCCCAGACCGACUUCCAAACAUCUGAGGGUUGGACGCCCUUACAUGUUGCCGUUUUCUACAAAGCCAAAGAUGCUGUCCAAGAGCUCUUACACCACCACGCCGAAUUAGAAGCCAAGAUAUUCAAGGGAGAACUCACGCCACUAUGGAAGGCUGCUGAGCGCGGCUACACGGAUAUUGGAAAAAUACUCCUGGACCAUGGGGCCAACAUUGACACGAAGUCAGAACAAGAUGUGACACCAUUUUACAAGGCAGCCUUAGAGGGCCAUUUGGAUUUUUUGACAAUGCUCCUUGACCGGGGAGCCCAAACCGAUGGCCACAUAAAGAGCGGUUGGACUGCUCUACAUGCUGCUGCCUACUACUGCCAUAAGAAUGUUGUUGAGAUACUGUUACGUCGUUGCCCAAACCUAUUAGAGGUGAUGAUUCCCAAAACUAGUAACACGCCAUUGCUCCUUGCUGCAGAAGUGGGCGAUGUCAAGAUUUGCAAGAUGUUACUUGACAGCGGAGCAAAUGUUGAGAAGCAAAAUUGCAAAGGGCUUACCCCGUUGCAUUGGGCGGCCAAGGGCCAGGGCUCUGUGGUGCAGCUGCUGCUAAAGAGAGGCGCCAAUGUCGGUGCAAAAACCGAGGAUGACCGUACGCCCUUACAUAUUGCCGCAUCAGAAGGUCAUAAGGGUAUUGUGAUCCUGCUCUUGCAAAGUGAUAGUAAUCGCAGGGCCAGGACACGGAAUUGGAAGACGGCUCUCGACUUGGCCACGGAGAAAGGUCAUGAAGAGAUUGUCAAGAUACUUUCGUCGAAAAGUAUCCCUUCGUUUAUGGGAUUCAACGAUAAUGAAGUUGGAGGAGGAGGUGGAGGAGGGGGUGGCGGUGGUGGUGGUGGUGGUGGAGGCGGAGGAGGAGGGGGAGGAGCUAAGGUUUUCAUAAGCGUCACUCAAACAGAUGGUACUUUUGGGAUAUGA